UAGAUGUGGAAAGUCAAUAUUUGCCCACAGAGAGAGGGGAGCGUUGCACAAAGAGGCGCAGCUACUACAGCAGCAGCAGGCCUUCGCCCCACCCUGCUCCGACCACUCAAACAUGGCCCCCCUACCCCCAGUGGUGCUGCAGCUGCUGCUCCUCUGCCUGCCCGUGUUGCAGGUCACACGCCACGGGGUGCCGUGUGUGUCCGCCCUGGAGUCAGAAGAAGGGGCUCAAAAGAACAUCCUCCUGGACCUCGUUGGGGACGAGCCCGCAGAAAAGGAUCUUAUCCUGCCCAGCCCAGAGCCACUCCAGGCCGCCCCUGGGUUGGAGCCCGAGCCCCAAGAGAACAUGCUGGGCUCCGUGGGGCUGCCCCCCAAUGUCUCCAGCGAGGCACCCACUGCAGGGGGCGAGGCUUCGGCGGCUGCCAACGGGACCCCUGACGGGCAAGGGUUGCCCCAAAACUCUUCCGAGGCCAUGGAGGGCGUCCCCGGCGGGACAGGCUGUGACCGGGACAUCCCCCCCGAGAGGAUGGCCCAGAUAGCUCAGGGCAUGCUGAGGCUGGGGACCGAUCUCCUGAAAGAGAUGGAGCUGGAGGACCCCCACGGCAACCUCUUCUUCUCUCCCCUCAGCGUCAGCCUGGCCCUGGCCCACCUCUCUCUAGGAGCGGCGAACCAGACGGAGAAGCAGCUGCUGGGGGCGCUGCACGCCGAGUCGGUGCCUUGCCUCCACCAGGCCCUGCGCAGGAUUUCCCAGCAUCUCAGAAACACGGCCCUCAGCUUAGCUGGCCGGCUCUACCUGAAAAAAGGAUUCCCCAUCAAAGAGACAUUCCUAGAAGACUCGGAGAGGUUCUACGGGGCCAAGCCGGCCACCUUGUCCGGAAACACCGAGGCCGACCUAAAAGGCAUCAACAACUGGGUGAAGGAAGCAACCAAUGGGCAAAUUCCCUCCAUGCUCUCUGAGCUGCCUGCCAGUGUCGUGAUGGUCCUGCUCAACGCUGUGCAUUUCCGAGGGUUUUGGAAGACCAAGUUCGACCCCCUCCUGACUGAGCUGAGCACCUUCCACCUGGAUGAAGAGUUCAUGGUCUCUGUGGAAAUGAUGAAGGCACGAGUAUACCCCCUGAGUUGGUUCACAGUGGAUUCCCUGGAUGUCCAGGUCGCCAGGUUCCCCUUCAAGGGCAACACGAGUUUUGUGGCCGUCGUCCCUAACCACUUUGAGAGGAACUUCUCCCAGCUGCUCGGCCAGCUCCACAGGGCCGACCUCCGCCACCCUUUCCCCAAGGAGAAGCCCACCCUGGUGAAAAUGCCAAAGCUGCACUUACGCUACCACCUGGACCUUCAACAAGCCCUCAGCCACUUAGGUCUGGGGGAACUGUUCUCUGCCCCCAAUUUCCGUCCCAUUGCAGAGGGACCCCUGUUUGUCUCCAGCAUCCAGCACCAAGCUGCUGUCGAACUCACAGAGGCCGGGGUGGAGGCGUCGGCUGCAACCAGCGUGGCCAUGUCUCGCUCGCUCUCGGCUUUCCAUCUUAACCGCCCUUUUUCCUUCUUUAUCUUUGAUGACGUGUCCGGCAUCCCUCUCUUCCUCGGCACCAUCCGUAACCCCAAUCCGAGUGCACCCCAGCAGAGGAAAAUGGAGGAUUGUGCGCCGGCCGACAGCAGAGAGUCUUCGCAGCCCUGCGCUACAGAUUCUGAGAAGCCCUGAAUGGCCAGGGGGAGGCAGGGAGGCCUAGGCAGCUGCAUAAGAAGAGUCACCCGCCUCUUUCGCCCCCCCCCACACAAUCGCUGCCUCUCCUGUUGGCCCCUUGUGGGAAUGGCUUGUGAUUUUGUACUGAGUUCAUAAAACCUUCAGUGGAUAGUCCUA